GGUAGCUGGGACGAAGGAAGGGAAGGUGACAGUAGAUCGAUUACGCUGCGGCAAUCUACCUUUCUUCCUGGAAGGAAGGGAAGGUGACAACCGUGCAGCGAGUUAACUGUUUGCUUCAACUGCUUCCCCAUCCUCCUCCUUCGCUCCACUUUAAAUAGAAGAGAAAACUCGUUUCCCCAUGCGACAACCAAUUCGAAAACAGAGCCAUGUUUGAUAUUCUCCCUAUCUGCCUCUCCAUUCUACUCCCUUGCGUCUUCCUCUUCUACUGCAGGUCGAUGCACCGAGGCGGCCGCUCUAGGCCACUCCCUCCCGGCCCCCGCGGGUGGCCGGUGGUCGGCAACCUCCCACUGCUCGGCACCAAGCCGCACCGCACCCUCCAGGCUCUGUCCGAGAUCUACGGCCCCCUGUUUCGCCUCCGCUUCGGCUCCGUCGACGUCGUCGUGGCCGCCUCGGCUGACGUGGCUUCUCAGUUCCUCCGCGCGCAGGACGCCAACUUCAGCGACCGCCCGCCCAACUCCGGCGCCGAGCACGUGGCCUACAACUACCAGGAUCUCGUGUUCGCGCCCUACGGCCCGCGCUGGCGUCACCUCCGCAAGCUCUGCUCUGUUCACCUUUUCAGUGCCAAGGCGCUCGGCGACCUCCGGUGGGUCCGCGAGGGCGAGAUAGGACUCCUGGUGCGCGCCCUCGUCUGCGGCAGGAAUCCGGUCAACGUGGGGCAGGCAGUGAACGUGUGCGCGACGAACGCGCUGGCGCGGGCCAUGCUGGGGCGGCGGGUGUUCGAGGAGGAGGGGGCGGCGUCGGGGGAAUUUAAGGAGAUGGUGGUGGAGCUGAUGAGGCUCGCCGGUGAGUUUAACGUGGGCGACUUCGUUCCGUGGCUGAGGUGGCUCGACCUACAGGGCGUGGUGGAGCGGAUGAAGCGCCUGCACCGCAAGUACGACGAGAUGCUCGACGGAAUCAUCGAAGAGCACCGCCGAGCGAAGGCGGCCGGCGGAAAAGGAGGAGGAGGAGGAGGAAAAGGGAGGGACUUAUUGAGCGUACUCAUAGAGCUGACCGAGAAGCCGGACGACGAGGGCGGUAAGCUGACCGAUACCAAUAUCAAGGCCUUGCUACUGAACUUGUUCACGGCGGGAACGGACACGUCGUCGAGCACUGUGGAGUGGGCGCUAGCUGAGCUGAUCCGGCACCCGGCCGUGCUCCGUCGAGCGCAGGCGGAGCUGGACGCGGCGGUAGGCAAAGCACGGCUGGUGCAGGAGGCGGACUUGCCUGACCUUCCCCUGCUGCAGGCGGUGGUGAAGGAGACGUUCCGACUGCACCCUUCGACUCCGCUGUCGCUGCCGCGGGUGGCGUCGGAGGCGUGCGAGGUGGGGGGUUUCACAGUGCCCAAGGGCGCCACUCUGCUGGUCAACGUGUGGGCCAUCACGCACGACCCAUCGUCGUGGGGUCCUCAGGCGGCCGAGUUCCAGCCCGACCGGUUCCUCCCUGGCGGCGCGCACGAGGGGGUGGAUCUCCGCGGCAACGACUUCGAGUUGAUCCCGUUCGGCGCCGGGCGGCGGAUCUGCGCGGGGAUGAGCCUGGGCAUACGGAUGGUGCAGCUGAUGACCGCAACGCUGGUGCACGCCUUCGACUGGAGGCUGCCGGAGGGGCAGACGCCGGACAAGCUGGACAUGGAGGAGGCCUACGGGCUGACGCUGCAGAGGGCAGCGCCGCUGACGGCACUCCCCGUGCCCAGGCUGCUCGCCGAAGCCUACGAUAUCGAAUUGUGUUGUACGUAAGCCUGGAUUUGGGGACACUUAGAUCGUGGGCAUUUAAAUUUUCAUAACAUCAAAUAUCUAGUAACUAUUGGCGGAGGCAUUGGAUGAGCAAAUCGCAUUUUGCCAUCUAUUAUAUCCGAAUCAAUGAUAAUUUAAGAUAUUAAGUGUAUUAAUUAGUAGUAAGAAUUGUAUUUGCAAUUUCCAAAA